AUGUACGGCACGCUCUGGGGAUCUUUGCUCUGCCACGUGGAACAGGUGUAUGGACCUAGCUCUUUUGAGAGAAUCCGUGAAACUAACUGGCGUGCCCUUCGGAGGAGUGGGAAGAUUCCCAUCGGGUGGACAGUUGAGGCUGGGCACGAAGUCGUAACGACUCAGGCAUCCAUCAUUAAUCGUUCACCUUUCACCAUUGCGAAUCUCGCAAAGUUUCUCCAGGCAACACAGCCCAUCGGCCACUUAUUGAGUCAUUCACGACCGAAUCCAUCUGUAUGCUCGUGCAUCAAGCCCGUUGAUAUAAGCUCCAAAUCAGUUGAAACGGACAUAAAGGAGGUCCAUUUAUCCCAAGCUGAAAUGUUGGAAAGCGAACAGCAAAUCUCGUUAAUUCUGGACCCCGGGAAACACAUUCUGCAGACACAGGAGUUGCAUCAGUUUAACCAGCCCGCCGAUGUUAGUAUGACUGGUUAUUCCUGGCUAGAAAUAUGGCCGGACUGGUGUCAUUUCCAAUCAUUAUACGGAGCAGCAUUCUACGUAAUCCGCAUCUUCCACGGCUCACCUCUUACAGAAGCACCGGAGGACUCGGCUUGCUGGCAGUUCCCAUAUCUAGGAUUGUCCCUUGCAGGAUUUAGAAGAACUGCCCCCAACCCCGGCAACCUGAGCUGGGUCGCUGUGCUACCAGCUGGCACAUAUGAGUAA